UUGUUCCCAUACUUCGGGGAUGUCGAGCUAAGAGAUUGGAUCAUCACGAUCUGGGCUCAGUGUCAUCUUCAUACGCAACGGCAGUCCUCCAAGAGAAUAAAAGAAGAGCUACUACUGGCAGAAGGUGCUAACCCCGAAUCUAACAAUUCCACUGGGGAGACCCCACUGUUGUGGACAGCAAAGAAUGACCACGAAGCAAUGGUCAAAUUUCUUAUCGAGACAGGGGAUAACCUUAAGACCCAGAGCCUUGAGGAUACGCCAUUGUGUUUAGCGGCACGAAACGGGCACAAAAUAGCAGUCAAUCUGCUUCUUGGAAUAUCAGUCUGUCCAGACUCCAAAAAUUUAGAUGGUCAGACACCCCAAUUUUGUGACGUAGAGUUUGGAUAUGAGGCUGUUGUCAAGCUGCUUCUUGCCGAUAAUUCCAGCGGAGAGACGUCACUUUCUUUAGCGGCGGAAAACGGACUUGAGUCCAUAGUCAAGCUGCUGGCGCCUACGGCCUGA